GCGAUGGCGAAGAAGCGGCGUGGUGGCAAGAAGGCAGCGACCAAGCCCAGCGUCGGCGACGUCAAGCUCUACGAGGACACACUGGCGCGCCUCCAGCCGCGCGUCCUCAGCACGCCCUUCCUCAUGUUCGACCUCUCCAUGCACAUGGAGCCGCUUCUGCGUAUCAAUGCCGACGAGGAGCUCGCCUGGCCACUCGGCACGGACGAGGCCAACCACAUCAUCUCGACGUUCGGCGACGGCUUUCUCCUCGGCCUUGUGCCUGCGAGCCGCCUCUCCCUCGAGGAUCCCGCGUGGCGCGACGAGCUUGAAGGCCAUGUUCGAGAGACGGUGCAAGGCGCGUUCUUGUCGUCUGGCUCGUUUUCGUUGCAGCUGGCGCACUUGGCGGUCGACGCCGCCGGUAGCCGCGAGAGCCUUGUGCCAGCGUCGCGCCCGCCCGGGACGUUUGCGACGCUCUGCAUUGCGCUGCCGGCGUGGCACGAAGGCGGGCCACCAACCUUUGGCGACGACAACACGCCGUGGUACGAGACGCCGCCAUUGACCCAGGCGCGCUGCGUCGUCUUCCUGCCCAAUACGCCUAUCGUCGUGCCCAAGGUAUCAUUAGGUCAGCGCGCUGUGCUUGUGUACCAUCUGAUCCGCGAUGGCCCGACGAAGCUCAUCCAGGACACGGCCGACGCGCUGGCGACACUCGCGACGCGGCCGUCGCCCAAGAUGCACGUCUUUGCAAAAGCGCUCACGAACGCAUCGAUUUGCUCGAACAACCUUGCGCCGCUCGAUAGAGCGACGCUGACUGCGCUCCUCACGUCCAAGGCCUACGACGUGAUCCUUGUCGAGCACGAAGAAGCCGACGACGGGGCGUUCACGUCUGGUAUCGCAUCGUACGUGCCGCCGCAUGGCACCGAGAUUGACGCUGCGAUGGACGACUGCAUCGAGAGCCUCGUCAUCCAAGGCCACCUCUUUGCGACCGACGAGUCGCCCGAGUGCAGCCUCGUGUUCUGGCCCAAGGCGUACCGCGUCCACAAGAUGAGUCUCGCCGUCUUGAGCCGAGCGAUUCUCGACGCAAGCCUCGGGACCGCCACCGAGCUCUAUGGGUACAACUCGGUCGACGACCUCAUCGACAUUGUCCUGCCGCGGUUCGCCGACGUUCCGACGUCAAGUGACGUCAUCAACAUGUACACAGCCCUUGGCCUCCGUGGACGUCUCCGCAUCCUGUCGUACUUCCUCACGACGCUCUGCCGCCCCACGAGCGAGCUCCUCGUCGGCAUGGGCCCUCUCCUUGUCCGGGACAUUCGCGUUUUUGGCUGGCCAGCGAUGGCGCCGCCGCUGCUCACGAUGGUCGGGCGCUGGGCGAUCACGUCGAGUACCGACGCCGCCCACGGCUACCGCCUCGUUGCAAGCCUCGCCGGGGUCGCCGAUGACCCGGUGUGUGACGCGGUGACGGCCGUUGGCAUCACCGACUGGAUCGUGGAUGCAUGGACGUACUUGGCCGACGGCGCGUUUGUCGCGUGCGACGCCGACGACAUCAAGGCGGCCGCGACGCCGCUCAUCAAACACCACCUCCAGUUGCAAGCGUACGUAGCCACGAGUUCGCUCCACGGCCGCCAUCUCUACCGGUCGCUGCCGGACGUUGUUGUCGCCAAAAUCGCUUUGUUUCGUGGUCCACGGUACUCGCUCGAUGAUUGGCUCACGACGGGCGCGGUCUCGCCCAUCCAUGACGUGGCACCGGCGCUGGGCGUUCUUCUUCAGCAAGGCCAUGUCGACGUCGUCGCGCCGUACGCCGACGUUAUUGCCGACGCGUUUGAUGCGGGCGACCACGGCGACGACAGCAGUCUCUCGGUGCGCGUGAUUGCGUGUCUCUUUGCCAUCACGGCCCUCAACGACCGCUUCCUCGAUGUGCUCGAUACGAUCGCCGACCGGUGGCGCCUCGCGAUCGCGCCGGCGCUCGUCGCGUUCUUUCGCAAAUGGCCGGCGCAGGCCGCGCCGUGGAUGGCCGAGGAAGCGGCUGCAUACCUGCUGUCGUUUGCGACCGACGACCGUGCGGGGUAUGUCUUUGCCGACAACAAGCACAACACGGCGCUGUAUAUGGACGAGUACGCCAUCGAAGCGUUCACCAACCCGCUCGCGAUCCAACUCAACCAGUACUACUUUACUGGACUGUCGGCGGCCGACCGCACGGGCACCCAUGUCCGCGUCUGGGUCGCCUUGGACGCAUUUUCGUUCUUGGCGGCUUUUGCACCGACCUUCUUGUCGACGUUUGCGGCAUCGUGGCUGCCGAUGCAGCUCCGUCGGCCCAAGAGCGUGCGGACGACGCUCUACCACGUCGUCCUGCGCUUCUGCGACCACGUCCAAGGCCAUACGGAUGUGUUUGUGACGCUGGCCGAAGCGACGUUGCACGCGCUGCCAUCGCCGACGGACGAGGAUGAUGGCGCAGUGCUGCUCGACUAUGCCCUGCCGGCGCUCGUACCGGCGAAAGGCUGCUGCGAUGCGCCGUGCGCGUCGUUUUUCAAGUUUCUGCGCGACCCACUCGUCGACGAGUACUGGGGCGAGCUCUGCUUGACGGCCAAGCGCAUCAUGCGCGCGCAUCCCACGGCCUUGGCGAUCCUGCCGCUCGAACACAGCGACUGGCAGAGCUGCCGGCUCGUGGGCAAGAUCCGCCAAGACGGACAGCUCCCGCUCGUCGAGCUCAAGGAGCGACUGAAGCGCCGCAAGACGGUCGACGCCGAGCUGGGUCGUGUCCGCGCCGUCUCGGAGCUCCUUGCGCGCCACCGAGGCUGAGCGCAUGGUGUCGUUGGCCAAGAGUGCUCUGAGGCUUAUGGAAGAAAUGAUUUUUGCGUGUUGGUCUUGGCAAUGUGCGAAGCUUUGCGGUACCUUCAACCUACGACUGGACUAGUGUAGGAGUCUCCGAGGACAUGAACACCCUUACUAGGGCUGGGAGUG